AAAGUCACAUUCAUCAUAAUCACAUCAACAGAAAUAAUGGAAGAAGCCAGUUGCGUGGGAAGAUGGAGCAGAGUCUCCAUGAGGCAGCCCUUUAAGGGGACACAGCCCUGUUGAAUCAAAUUCUCGUCAACAAUCCAUUGAUUCUCCGACGAGUAAAGGUAGGUUGUUUCGUCCACACUCCUCUCCACGUGGCGGCAUUCGAGGGGAAGUUGGAAUUCGUUCGGGCGCUGUUGGCGAAGAACAAGGGGCUCGCCCGAGUACUGGACCCGCGGCUGUGUCAACGCUUCACCUGGCGGCUGCGCAAGGACAUUGACAGAUCGUGAGAGAAUUAGUGAGAGCUAACCCCGACAUGUGCGCCACUCUCAACGGCGACGAUAGAAAUCAGCUUCACCUGGCGGCCAUGAAGGGCGAUGUCUGUGUAUUGACUGUGUUCCUUGAGGACAAAACCUACUGGAAUCACGAGUUGCUCAAAGCUAAAGACAGUGGUGGCAGCACCAUAUUUCAUCUGGCUGUCAAGCAUAAGAAAUUUGAGGCCAUGGAGUUUUUAGUUAAGAAAGUGGAAGCUGAACUGAAAGGGAAGAACAUACAAAAACAAGCUAACCAGUUAAACACGAUAAACGAAUGUGGGUACACAACUCUGGACAUUCUAGAGGAAAUCAAAGCUGACGUACCAAAAUUUGAAAAUGUCAAGGAAAUGUUUCGAAAAGCUAAUGCCUUGAAAGCUAGUGAAGUCAAUCAGGUUGAUUGGUUGUCCAAGAAGCGGGAUGCCCUGAUGGUGGUUGCAUUACUCAUUGCAACCAUGGCUUUCCAAGCUGGGAUGAGCCCUCCUGGUGGUUUCUGGCAAGAAAAUUCAGCCGACCAUAGAGCUGGGGAAGCCGUGAUGGCUUUUAACUACCCAGAUUCAUAUCCACUGUUCCUUCGUGCCAACACAAUCGGAUUUGUGGCAUCAGUAAGCACGAUCCUGUUUCUGGUAACUGGAUGGCCCUUCAAGAAGAAGUUCUUAAUGUGGAUCUUGGUUCUAAUAAUGUGGCUCACUGUUACAUCCAUGGCGUUUACUUAUGCCUUCUCAAUUACUGUGAUCACCCCAAAAGAGGACAUGGGACCUCUCGGCGACACCAUUUUUAUAACAGUGAUAGCUUGGUGCAGUGUGAUGGCACUUCUUUUAGUAGCUCACACCAUUCGCUUGUUGAAUCAGUGGUUGAAGAUCAGCCAGCAAAUAGAUGUAUGGACAGGGAUGAAGAAGUUCCAAAUAAAUGUAUGAACAGGGAUGAAGAAGUUCCUCAAACUCAACUCGAAGCGACCAGCCCCAACCAGCUUCAGCUAAUGGGAAUCGACCCCAACUGGCUUCAGCUAAUAAGAACGGGGAGCCUAUUUGAUCUUUAGCUUUUUCAUUGAGCUCGAAUUAGCGAAAGAGCAUUGGUAUGUAUCAUCAAUGGAAUGAGCAGAGUUCUGCUACAUAAUGUGUUGAUUCCCUGUCUUAUUGUUAUGCUUGGGAUCAAUGGCUGAAGCUUGAGCUGUAAAAACAAGAAAUUCAUUCAUAACAUGAAGAAAAAAAUAACACCUUCACACAAACAUUCAUGGUAUUGGGUCAUGGGUUUCCAGGUAAGGUUGCACCUUUUGCACUAUUGUUCAUUCGGAUUUCUUUUUGCCAUGCAAUUUGCGAGAAAAUAACAGAGCUUAUAUAUGAAGAGAGUGUUGGAAAUGUAUGCCUUAAAGACACG